ACUGAUUCCCUCCUCUAGAACCAAAAACAUUUCCCGCCCUGUGUUCCCGCCAAAAUGAAAAAAGGAAAAAGAAAAUAAAUACAAAGCACAGAAACGGAAGCGGAAGCGGAGACAAAAAAAUCGAUCGCUAACUGAUCGAAAAUGGAGAAGACGAACGCAGCACCGACUGGUUGUUACAAGUGUGGACGUCCAGGCCACUGGUCCCGUGACUGCCCUGAUUCAAACCCUAUCCCUAACCCUAGCUCCAAUCCCCAUUCUCCCGGAUCUUUCCCUUCUAAUAACAAUAGCAGCAGCAAAAACAGUAAUUAUUACAGCGGUAGCAACUCAAAACCGGAAAAAGCAACAGAGAAGCCGAAGAAAGUGCCAAGAAGUAGGCCAAAGCUCACACCCGAGCUUCUACUCGGGGAAGAUAAUGGGCUUGGCUUCAUUCUUCGCCACUUUCCUCGCAACUUCAAGUAUCAUGGCCGCGGGCACGAGGUCAGUGAUCUGGGAAACUUGAUCGGUUUAUACAGUGAAUGGCACUCUCAUUUGCUCCCUUAUUAUUCAUUUGAUCAAUUUGUACAUAAGGUGGAGCAAGUUGCCGCUACGAAACGUGCAAAGAUGUGUGUUCGAGAAUUGAGAGAGAGAGUUGCCAGUGGAGGGGAUCCAACAAAGUUGCGUGAAUCCUUAACUGAACAUGUCAGUGCAAAUGUUGAGCAUGAUCUAUCUACACCUGAUGAAGGCUUGAACUCUGAGGUAACUCAUAAUGAGGAAGAUCCACUUUCAAAGAACCACGAUGUGGAUGUUUUACCAGAAGACAUGCUUCAUGAGGUUUAUGAUAGGGCUACUGAAGAACCAACUCAGACCUUGGACAGGAGGGACAUGGAAUUACCAAAUGAAAUUAAUGGAGCUAGCUGCUCCAAUGAAGUUUCGAUCUCAGAAGAACAGAAAGCUCGCAUGGAAGCUAACAGGUUGAGGGCACUAGAAAGAGCUGCAGCUCGGGCUCAGUCAUAGCAGUCAAGCUGUUUAUUUGGUUCGUCUUACGCAUUUAAAGAUUAUGGGCUGUUUUAUAGUAUUGUUAAUUGUUUACAAUCAAGGAUGAUGGCUUUGUUUACUGCUAUGCCUAAAAAGAGUCGUGUUUCUCACAAAUGAUGACAGGGUGCAUUUUUCAUUGAAGUAAUCGUCUGAAAAGCAUCUUUGUAUAUAUCACUGCUGUCGUGA